GCUUGUUUAAUCCAUCGUAAAUUACUGAAAAGAGAAGGGGUUGGGGGAGGAGAGAGAGGGAGGGGGAGAAUGGCGUGUUCCUCGGUGGGGAUCACCGGCGCUUCGGCGUCCAACGCUGCCUCCUCCGCGAGCAAUGGGAUGCGCCAGUCUUUUUCUACCAACGAGAUCCGCUGCGACAUCUCCGGGAUGCGUCGGUCGCGAUCCGAACCGCAACUCCGGUACUCCCUCUCUGUCUCCUCAUGCACCGCCCCAGCGCCGGCGCCGGCCCUGAAGAGUAGCCGAUCGAUCGGCAUCUUCCCCUUCGGUUUCUCCGGAUCGACCAUCCCCAAUUCUCUCCGAUCCUUCCUUUUCGAAUCGGAGGAGUAUCGGGACCGGUUGCCGACCGUGGAUCCGGAGGAUCAAGAGGGCGAUCCGGCCGUUGGCACGGAGAAUCGGGCCAACUGGGUGGAGAGGCUGAUGGAGCUUAGGCGUCGGUGGAGGGAUCGACAGCACAAGGAGGAGGAGGAGGAGGAGGAGGAGGGAUCGGAUUACAACUGCGGGGUGAGCUACGACUCGGAGGCGGAGGACGAGGAGAAGAUCGAGUGGGAUCGUGACUCGUUCUCCAACCUUUUGAACCGUGCUUCAUGGUACGAGACGAAGCUCUUCUCUCGUCUCGCGUUCCUCUCCAACAUGGCCUAUGUGAUCCCCGAGAUCAAGGAGGAGGAUUUGAGGAAGUACUACGGUCUAAGACUGGUGACGUCAUCGUUGGAGAAGAAGAUGGAAGCGGCCGCGAUCAAGGCUAAACUCGAGAUGGACUCAAUCCGGCCUUUGCAUGCUCAGCCUGGGAUUGGACCCCGCUCGAGUUCCGUCAGGCCAUUGCUCCGGCCAUCGGUGGCCUACGAGAUCGCGGCCUCGGCGGCGUCCUACGUCCACACUCGUGCCAAGGGACUCUUGUCACUCGGCCGGCAUCGACCGGAAUCCUACGUCGGAGGUGAGCUCCCCGAACCUGGUGGACUCGAAGGAGGCCCUCAUGCGAGGGUUUGCAACUCGGAAGUGGCGGCUUUCGUGGCGGCGACGACGAUGACGGCGGUUGUCGCGGCGGAGGAGGAGGCCCGGCAUGAGGCUGCUAAGGAUCUGAGAUCCCUACACUCGUCGCCGUGCGAAUGGUUCGUGUGCGAUGAUCCCGGCACGUGCACGCGCUACUUGGUUAUUCAGGGAUCGGACUCGUUGGCAUCAUGGCAAGCAAACCUGUUUUUUGAACCAACGAAGUUUGAGGGAACUGAAGUGCUGGUGCACCGUGGAAUCUACGAGGCUGCCAAGGGAAUAUACGAGCAAUUCUUGCCAUUGAUCCAAGAUCAUAUAAUGCAGCAUGGAAGCGCAGCUAAGGUCCGGUUCUCUGGACACUCACUUGGUGGCAGUCUCUCGCUUCUUGUUAGUCUUAUGUUCUUGAGCCGAGGAGCCAUCCCUCGCUCCACCAUCCUCCCUGUCGUCACGUUCGGCUCUCCAGCAGUGUUCUGCGGCGGCCAGCAAGUGCUUGAAGAGCUCGACCUCGAUGAAGGCCAUGUUUGCUCUGUUAUGAUGCACAGAGACAUUGUACCAAGGGCCUUUUCUUGCAACUACCCCAAUCAGGUCGCUCAAGUCCUCAAACGUCUUAAUGGCUCUUUCCGCUCUCACCCUUGUCUCAACAAACAGAAACUACUAUACUCGCCAUUGGGACAGCUCUUCAUCUUGCAACCAGAUGAGAAAUCCUCACCGCCACACCAUCUUCUACCACCAGGCGCUGCCUUGUACUCAGUUGACCGAAACGGGCACAGUGUAGCCAAUGCAGUGAGAGCAUUCCUUAAUUCACCACACCCAUUAGAGACCCUGAGUGAUCUUACUGCAUAUGGUUCUGAAGGCACCAUUCUCCGAGAUCAUGACUCCAGUAACUACCUCAAAGCCAUCAAUGGUCUUCUCCGGCAACAUACAAAGAUAGUAGCAAGGAGAUCAAAGACUCAGAAGCUGCACCAAUGGUUGCCUGUUCUGAGUACAACUACUGCAGAAUUGCCAGGCCAUUCUUGGAGCAUUCACCAUGAACCUGCUGAUUUGGACAAGCAGUUGAUUUAGUGCCCAAGGAGGUUGUCAGUACUGGGGCUUGACUUGGUAAACAUUUUGGGGUUGAAACUCUAGAGUUGUUGUUGAUUUUGUAAAUGCUGCCAGAUAACUAGUUCGUUCCUUCCUACUCACUUUAUACAUAAUACCUUGUUGGAUAUGUAAGUUGAUCAUGUACAGCUAGGGGACUAAAGCCAAAAUGAACCAGAUGGGAAAUAACUAAUAAGGUAGUCCAUUGUCUGGUUUUCACUUUA